UUCACCGAUAAAUACAUGUAAAAAAUGUUGUAACCAGAUGUGAUACAUGAUAUUUAUUGUGACUAUCCUGACACGGGUUUGAGUAAUUAAACUACAUGAAAAAAUUCCUGUGAUGAUGAAUAGUGGACUUAUUCAUGGUUGAACACUAUUUUAUUUCAAUUCCACUAAUAGUGUAAUAGAUAACGUAUUUCAUGGUUGGUGACUUCAACCAUAACAUUGUGGAUCAUACUACUUUGUAAAAGCCCAUUUACUAGAGGAUUAUUUUCCGUGCUACCUUUAAAAACAGAAGUAGAAUCUAAGCAGCCUAUCUGUGCUGGUGAUAUUUGUGUAUACACAUACAUGUAUAUUUGGAUAUUUUUCAUUGACAUUUAACCUGAAGCUAAAAAAUUGAUUUGUAAUUCAGUGAUACUACAAUGUAUUUAUAAAAGAUUUUUGCAAUAAACUGAAAAACUUUGGAUGUAACAAAUCUUUUAAAAUUGAUUUUUUGGUAGAAUCUUUAUCGUGCCUGGUUGGGUCUACCUGUGUUUAAGAUUCAUCUGGACCACUUGAUACAUUUCAUGAUAUUUAGAUUUUAGAGUUUUACUUAUUGCCAGUACACAUGUUAAUUCAUUUAACAGGCAUGACAGGCGUGUGUUCCACAGUAACGAUAAAGUAAAAUAGAGUUUUGCAUUAAGUGUUGUAUUUCAUUUCAUAAGGAUACAUUUAUACAUCUGUGUCACUGUGUUUGGGUUUUAUUGUGAAUUUAGUAUUGACAAAAUCACUCUUAGGAAUCAAGAAUGGCAUCACUUGCAGCACACAGGGAAAGGCUGCGUCUGCAAUCCUUAAAUGAUAACACAGAAAGUGACCUAUUUCAGCGUCGUAGGCUACAUAAUGAGGAACAUCUUAAUCCCGAGGGUUUGAACAGCACCAAUAUGUCGUUGGCCAAUGGGGUCUGCUACAGAUGUAACGAGGGCUUUACUCCUCAAGAACAGAUAGUCAACUCUAAUGGAGAGAUUUGGCACACCCAAUGUUUCGUCAAUAGAACUUGUGACUUGCCAUGUUCACAUUGUGGCAUGAUUGUUAAUGAUAAGGAGUCUAUGAUCAGCUUUGGAGGUGAUGUAUGGCACCAACAAUGUUUUGUAUGUGCUCAGUGCUUCCAGCCUUUUCAAGAUGGAGUUUUUUAUGAGUUCGAUGGAAGAAAGUACUGUGAACAUGACUUUCAUAUGCUGUUUGCUCCUUGCUGUGGAAAGUGCAGAGAAUUUAUCAUUGGUAGAGUGAUUAAAGCUAUGAAUAGUAACUGGCAUCCAGAUUGUUUUAGAUGUGAAUUGUGUACAGCACCUCUGGCUGAUUGUGGAUUUGUCAAAAAUGCUGGAAGGGCCUUGUGUAAAGAAUGCAAUAACAAGGAAAGGGCCAAAGGAAUGGGAAAAUAUGUUUGUCACAAAUGUCAUGCUAUUAUUGAGGAUGGCCAUAUCAAGUUUAAAGGAGAAGCUUACCACCCUUAUCAUUUUAAUUGUACCUCUUGUGGAAAUGAGUUGGAUGCCAAUGGUAGAGAAAAAGGUGGAGAGUUGUUUUGUUUGAGAUGUCAUGAUAAGAUGGGUAUUCCUAUCUGUGGUGCUUGUAGACGUCCAAUAGAAGAAAGAGUUGUUCAUGCUUUGGGAAAAGCUUGGCAUGUUGAGCAUUUUGUGUGUGCCAAGUGUGAACGACCAUUCUUUGGGACUAGGCAUUAUGAGAAGAAAGGUUUAGCUUAUUGUGAAACUCAUUAUCAUCAGUUGUUUGGUAACAUCUGUUUUGUUUGUAACAAUGUAGUGCAAGGAGAUGUGUUUAGUGCCUUUAAUAAAGCCUGGUGUGUCUCCCACUUCUGUUGCUCUAUUUGUGACAGAAAAAUGAGUCAAAAAACCAAAUUCUUUGAAUUUGACUUGAAGCCUGUAUGUAGAGUUUGUCAUGAGAAGUUUCCUGGAGAACUCAAGAAAAGACUAAAGAAAUACCAUGAUGACUUAGCUAAGAAAGGACAAUCAUAAUAAUACAAAUAUUUUAUCUAGAGCUUUAAGAAAUGUUUUGUCAUAAAUUGUAUGAAUUAUCACCCCUUAGAUUGAUAUACAUAGGUUAAGUCUUGCAUGCAGUUAACCUCUUGCCUAAACUAAGUUCCACUUAAAUGUAUUGUUGCAUACAAUGUAUUCACAUAUUGUUUAUAUUGUUGGUGACUUCAAGUCAAGUUGCUUCAAGCAAGUUCUGAUAAAAAGGCUUCGCAGGUUUCCCGCCCAAAAAAAGAAUACAGUUAGGAGACAUAAAUAUUGCUGUAUGUUCUAAAGUUGUGUUACCAAUACACAUUUUUUAUUGACAUUUGAAAGUUUGCAUGUUAUCCAUGGUUAAGAAAUCCUUGCUGGAUUGCUGGCUAAAAUUUGUUUUCGAUGCUUAGCUUGCCUGAAUAAUAUUCUUGUCAUUCUAACUUGAUUGUAAAUACUGAUUAAUUGAUCAAGAUAUCAAGGUACUCAUUCAGAACAAUUGGUUUAAUACUAUAUUGCAUCUCGGCUCAGAAAUUUUGUAUGGUGAAUCUUUUCAUGUACUUUCUUUUUUGCUAGUUGUGUGUUUUUUUCAUUAUUAAUAAAAGAUGUCUGGCAAAAAGUCAGUUUGAACCCUGGAGACCAGAAUAAACUUCACUGGAAAUGAAAUAAUGAUAGAUUGUGAAUGCAUUGAUGAAUGUAACAGCUAGACAAUAUAUUCAAACAGAAAAUCUUCAACCUAGAAACAAGUUUUGGAAUUAACCAAUAAUCAAAUGUUUUGUUUUAAGACACGAUGGUUCCCAUGCAAUAACAUUUUUGUUCUAGUCAAUCUGUCAUUUUGAAAUUAUUAGACAUAUAUUCUUGCUUCUAGAGAAAGAUUGCAAUUACAUAGGCGUUGAUGCCUUUACAUGUUUCAAAACAUUAGGCCCAAUAGGAGCCAAAUACAUGUUAUUACUUAUUUUGAUAUGGAAUUUAUUUUUCAUCCAUUUUUUGUAUGAUUUCUUUCACAAAGUGUAUCACUUGAUAUGAAAUUACUCUUCAUUUCUAAGACCUAAAAACAAUAUUUUAAAAUCGAUUUUUUUUUUACCACUUUUAAAUAAGGUAACACUGAUAGCUUUACAGUAAAACUUUGGUUUGAAGAUUCUAACAAAAAGGCCAUAAUAAAAAAAACUCAGGUUCAAAUAUUCAUUAUAAUGAAAAUUUUUAUCCUGAAAAUCAUACAUUUUCAUUCAAAUCGUUUAAAUGAUAUUGAAAACAUAUAUUAAUUUAUUUACAGGCAAGGGAAAUAUUAUUGUCCAGAAAUUUUAGAAAAUAUUGAGCACCAGCAUAAGAUAUUCUAGUCCUCAAUCUUAGAAAAUUGUAUGUCUUCCAGAACCGAAAAAUUUGGAUUUUCUUAUUGCCUUAUUUUUUUUAUUAGACCAUUUUCUCUGCAUCAUUUUCUAAACAAUUUAUGUUUUUAAAUUUGAGAAUUAUCCGUAUUGCAUUCACUGUUGUAAUCAUACAGGAAGAAUAGGAACACAUUUGUUGAGGGGUAUUUCUAAUCUCCCUUUAUAUAGACUUCAUAAAGUAAAUGGAAUAGAUAAGAUGGUAUUAAAAUGUUUUAAAUACAAAUAAUCUUUGAAGACUAUUUUGCACUAAAUAAUACUGCAUUGUACUUUUCAGAUUACAUGAUUUAUAUAUUUAUUUUGCUUUAGAGAUUAAAUAUUCAAGUACUUUAAUAAGUACAAGAUAUAGUAUUUUCUUUAAAGUAGUAUUUGAAAUUUCUUGGAAGUCUUGAGAUUGUUGCAUUUGUUUUACAAAGUGUAUAUAAACUUUUGAAUAAUACACACCAGUUAAAGCUUUUGAUGGUUACCAGUAACUAUUAAAUAGUAUGCAAAGAUUGAACUUGUUUGAGUGUUUCCUCCUUGUAAUAUACAACUUCCUGAUGUAAUACUGAAUACUAUGGAUACACACAAUGGCUUGACUAUUUGCCAAGUUUUUUGAGAGAGGAUUUUUUUUAUCAGUAUAAACGAAUGGUGAUAUUAUAAAAUGAUACAGUGUUUGUUACAUGGAAAAUUUUUGACAUUUUAUAUUUGUUAGCCUUGUCAGUUCUAAAUGCUGUGGAUUUGAUAUGUUAUGAAUAGAGUAUAUAAUUAGGAUGAUAUUUAUUGAUGUUAUAGAAUUUUGUAAUUUAUAUAACAAUGUAAAUAAAAGUGGCAUGCUUAA